UCAGAGUUUACUUUCACUUUCUCUGAAGUCGAGUCGCAGAUAGUUUUCUCCUCUGAAGCUGCAGCUGAAGGUAAUGUAACCCGUCUGAAGUGUUUGACUCGUUAACACAAGCUGUCGGCAGCUUAGUUCCACAGAAACAGCAGAAAGCUGCCGCUCGACGCUUCAUUUCUCCAAACUCACAGCUCUGAGUUUCACUGGAAACUCUCCGCCAUGUUGUGUCGGUGUCUGGGAGUGUAAGCGGCGGAAUAAGAGCAGCAGCAGAGUCAGCGGAUCCUCAGCAGCUGGACACAGAGUCGUUAUUACUGUGUAGCUCCACUGACUGACGGCUGAAGGCAGCUUUUCCUGCCUGAAUCAGCCUGUGGAGGAGGCGGAGACGAGCCGCUGCUCUCCCGCUGUCUGAGCCACUAAAUGCGGCCUCGCUCGGCCGGACAGCCGCUGGAGAACAGCUGUUUGUGUCGUUAUAUUUCCACCACAGGACUGAUGUGCAGACAGCAGGAAGGAGCAUUCAGAGGGCAGAGGAGCUCACAAGCUUUGCUUUUAUUAAAUAAAUACAUUAUGAAACUAUAAUUAAUUAAUAAUCAAUUCAUUAUAAAUGAUGUCAGUUUGAACUUAAACGUGAUCAAUAAUCAAAUCAAAGAGAUUUCCUUUAAAUUAAUGUUGUAAUAUUUUCUGGAAGGGCUUUAUUGAGCCUGCCAGUCUUUUAUUUUGGAAGGAUCUGUGCGCGUGUGACCUCCAGUCGUUGAAAGUAACUGAGUACAUUUCAGUACAAUCUUGAAGUACUUGUACUUUCCUUGAAUAUUUCUGCUGCUUUAUACUUCUGCUCUGUAUCUGCCUAUAUUUGACUGUUUACUUCACUACGUGUUGUUACUUUUCAGAUUCAGAUUCACUAUUAAACAUUCAACUUCCUCAAAGUGUAUAAAACAGUUCAAAGUGGCUCCACCUCAGCCAGCUACAACACAGAGUUGUAGUUACACAUCAGUGACACGAUAAUAAAGUAAUAAUAUAACAGUGACAGCAGCCGUUCAGAUACACUUUGGUCUCAGAGAUGAAGUAGAAUAUUUGUUGCUGCCACAUUAGUUUGUCUGAAGUUCAGCUUCGCCUCUGUGGACUUUGGGCUCCUUAUCGAGGUUGAAGGUUCAGCUUUAUUGUCUUUAUACAACACAGGAUGGCACAAUACAAUACAGCUGUAGCUCCUCCACACUGCACACACAGAACAGGUCUGAACAAAUAUUCACAAUAUUUUAAAUGAGAACGAAACGAAACAGAACAAAGUAUAUAAAAGUGUCACUAAAGGAAGAAAUCAAACGGAAACUAAAUGAAUACGAAGACCAACGUAACAGAAUAACUCUCAGAAGCAGUUUAAUGUACAGAACAGUGUGCGGUCUCCGACAUGUAGAGCUGAGGUCCAUUACAAUCGUUUGGGCGACACUUUGCGUCAAACGCACUCGGACAAGUUUAAUAACAAUCAUUCAGGCGUAACUGAAAGUUUUAGUUUUGAAUUGACUGAAUAUUAAAGAAACUGAAGCUUCCCGUCAAAUUCAAUCUGUGUGUCAGUGAAGGUAAAUCUGCACGUCACUGCAGCUUCAGGACGCCAUCUAGUGGCCUGAUAGUAGAAGUCCAGCAGCUGAUGGCAGCUUCCUCUGCCUCACUGCUGUCUGACUGCAUUCAGCUGACACUGAUAUGAAACAGAAAGUAACAGCCAAUCACUGGAGGAGCAGCUGAUCUUCUUACAGGAGAAAUGAUGGAAAGGAGGAUUUCAGUUGAUGUGCAGAUGAAGGAUUUGUGUUUCCUCUCCAGAUCAAAGUGUGUGUGAGCUGAUGUGGAUGUGAGUUCAGCAGCAUGAAUCAGUGUGAGGACAGAGAGGAGGGAGCCCCUCCCUCUAAAACCAGUCUGUGUGGGGAACAUGGCAGCCAGACCAGAGCUCAGAGGCCAGAGCAGCAGAGACCAGACUCUGCUGGACCUGGACCUGGACCUGAGUCUGAACCUGGACCUGGACCUGAGUCUGAACCUGGACCUGGACCUGAGCCCAGCUGUGUGUCCUUCAAGAGUGACCGGUCAAAUCUUCGCUUCAUUGAUUUUAAACGAGCGCAUUUAUCUGACAGACAGAUCCAUCAGAGACCAGACUCUGCUGGACCUGGACCUGGACCUGGACCUGAACCUGGACCUGAGCCCAGCUGUGUGUCCUUCAACAGCGACUGGUCAAUUGGUCGCCUCAUUGAUUUUAAAGGACGACAACCCUCUGCUGCAAAGAGAGUCGACCAGGAGAGCUCAGAGGUUCCCAGUGGUCAGUCUGCCCAGCAGCAUCAAACACACCUGGACUCCGUAUUUAUGCUGCUGGAGGAAAACAUUGUCACUUUUGUGAAGAACGAGCUGAAGAAGAUCCAGAAGGUUCUGAGUUCAGAUUACCCAGAAUGCUUAGAGAGCCAGAGGGAGGAUGAGGAGGUGUUGGGCGGUGAGGAUGAAGAGCAGAGGAGGAGCAGCAGAGAGGCAUUUCUGAAGAUCACACUGCACUUCCUGAGGAGAAUGAAGCACGAGGAGCUGGCUGACUGUCUGCAGAGCAGAAGUCAUUCUGGAGUUUGUCAGCAUAAACUGAAAUCUAACCUGAAGCAGAAGUUCCAGUGUGUGUUUGAGGGGAUCGCUAAAGCAGGAAACCCAACCCUUCUGAACCAGAUCUACACAGAGCUCUACAUCACAGAGGGAGGGACUGCAGAGGUCAAUGAUGAACAUGAGGUCAGACAGAUUGAAACAGCAUCCAGGAAACCAGACAGACCAGAAACAACAAUCAGACAGGAAGACAUCUUUAAACCCUCACCUGGAAGAGAUGAACAAAUCAGAACGGUGAUGACAAAGGGAGUGGCUGGCAUCGGGAAAACAGUCUUAACACAGAAGUUCACUCUGGACUGGGCUGAAGACAAAGCCAACCAGGACAUACACUUCACAUUUCCAUUCACUUUCAGAGAGCUGAAUGUGCUGAAAGAGAAAAAGUUCAGCUUGGUGGAACUUGUUCAUCACUUCUUUACUGAAACCAAAGAAGCAGGAAUCUGCAGGUUUGAAGAGUUCCAGGUUGUGUUCAUCUUUGACGGUCUGGAUGAAUGUCGACUUCCUCUGGACUUCCACAACAAUGAGAUCCUGACUGAUGUUACAGAGUCCACCUCAGUGGAUGUGCUGCUGACAAACCUCAUCAGGGGGAAACUGCUUCCCUCUGCUCGCCUCUGGAUAACCACACGACCUGCAGCAGCCAAUCAGAUCCCUCCUGGGUGCGUUGACAUGGUGACAGAGGUCAGAGGGUUCACUGACCCACAGAAGGAGGAGUACUUCAGGAAGAGAUUCAGAGAUGAGGAGCAGGCCAGCAGAAUCAUCUCCCACAUCAAGACAUCGCGAAGCCUCCACAUCAUGUGCCACAUCCCAGUCUUCUGCUGGAUCAGUGCUACAGUUCUGGAGGAUGUGUUGAAAACCAGAGAGGGAGGAGAGCUGCCCAAGACCCUGACUGAGAUGUACAUCCACUUUCUGGUGGUUCAGUCCAAACUGAAGAACGUCAAGUAUGAUGGAGGAGCUGAGACAGAUCCACUCUGGAAUAAAAAGAGCAGGAAGAUGAUUGAGUCUCUGGGAAAACUGGCUUUUGAGCAGCUGCAGAAAGGCAACCUGAUCUUCUACAAAUCAGACCUGACAGAGUGUGGCAUCGAUAUCAGAGCAGCCUCAGUGUACUCAGGAGUGUUGACACAGAUCUUUAGAGAGGAGAGAGGGCUGUACCUGGACAAGGUGUUCUGCUUCGUCCAUCUGAGUGUUCAGGAGUUUCUGGCUGCUCUUCAUGUCCAUCUGACCUUCAUCAACUCUGAUGUCAAUCUGCUGUCAGAAGAACAAACAACAUCCUGGUGGUCUAAAGUGUUCAGAGGCGAGUCAACACUUUUCUACCAGAGUGCUGUCGACCAGGCCUUACAGAGCCCAAAUGGACACUUGGACUUGUUCCUCCGCUUCCUCCUGGGACUCUCACUGCAGACCAAUCAGACUCUCCUACGAGGCCUGCUCACACAGACAGGAAAUGGCUCAAAAAUCAAUCAGGAAACAGUCGAGUACAUCAAGAAGAAGAUCGAAGAGACUCCCUCUGCAGAGAAAAGCAUCAAUCUGUUCCACUGUCUGAAUGAACUGAAUGUUCAUUCUCUAGUGAAUCAGAUCCAACGGUCCCUGAGUUCAGGAAGUCUCUCCACAGAUGAACUGUCUCCUGCUCAGUGGUCAGCUCUGGUCUUCAUCUUACUGUCAUCAGAAAAAGAUCUGGACGUGUUUGAACUGAAGAAAUACUCUGCUUCAGAGAAGGCUCUUCUGAGGCUGCUGCCAGUGGUCAAAGCCUCAAACAAAGCUCUACUGAGUGACUGUAACCUCUCAGAGAGAAGCUGUGAAGCUCUGUCCUCGGUUCUCAGCUCCCAGUCCUCUAGUCUGAGAGAGCUGGACCUGAGUAACAACGACCUGCAGGAUUCAGGAAUGAAGCUGCUGUCUGCUGGACUGGAGAGUCCACACUGUACACUGCAAACUCUCAGACUGAGUGGCUGUAACCUCUCAGAGAGAAGCUGUGAAGCUCUGUCCUCAGUUCUCAGCUCCCAGUCCUCUAGUCUGAGAGAUCUGGACCUGAGUAACAACAACCUGCAGGAUUCAGGAGUUAAGCAGCUGUCUGCUGGACUGGAGAGUCCACACUGUACACUGGUAACUCUCAGACUGAGAGACUGUAACCUCUCAGAGGGAAGCUGUGAAGCUCUGUCCUCAGUUCUCAGAUCCCUGUCCUCUAGUCUGAGAAAGCUGGACCUGAGUAACAACAACCUGCAGGAUUCAGGAGUGAAGCUGCUGUCUGCUGGACUGGAGAGUCCACAUUGUACACUGGAAACACUCAGACUGAGUGGCUGUAACCUCUCAGAGAGAAGCUGUGAAGCUCUGUCCUCGGUUCUCAGCUCCCAGUCCUCUAGUCUGAGAGAGCUGGACCUGAGUAACAAUGACCUGCAGGAUUCAGGAGUGACGCUGCUGUCUGCUGGACUGAAGAGUCCACAUUGUAAACUGGAAACUCUCAGACUGUCAGGCUGUCUGAUCACAGAGGAAGGCUGUGCUUCUCUGGCCUCAGCUCUGAGCUCCAACCCCUCCCAUCUGAGAGAGCUGGACCUGAGCUACAAUCAUCCAGGAGACUCAGGAGUGAAGCUGCUGUCUGCUGGACUGGAGGAUCCACACUGGAGACUGGACACUCUCAGGGUGGAGCCCGGUGGAGUCCGAUGGCUGAGACCAGGUCUGAGGAAGUAUUCCUGUGAACUCACACUCGACACAAACACAGUGAACAGAAACAUCAAACUGUCUGACAACAACAGGAAGGCGACAUAUGUGAAGGAGGUUCAGCCAUAUCCUGAUCAUCCAGACAGGUUUGACUGCUGGCCUCAGCUGCUGUGUAGAAAUGGUCUGACUGGUCGCUGUUACUGGGAGGUCGAGUGGAGAGGAGAUGUUGAUGUAUCAGUGAGUUACAGAGGAAUCAGCAGGAGAGGAGGCAGUAAAGACUGUGUGUUUGGAUGGAAUGAUCAGUCCUGGAGUCUGAUCUGCUCUGAUGUUGGUGGUUACUCUGUCUAUCACAAUAAGAGAGGAACAUCCAUCUCCUCCUCCUCCUCCUCCUCCUCCUCCUCUGUCUCUGACAGAGUAGCAGUGUAUGUGGACUGUCCUGCUGGCACUCUGUCCUUCUACAGAGUCUCCUCUGACACACUGAUCCACCUCCACACCUUCAACACCACAUUCACUGAACCUCUUUAUCCUGGCUUUGGGCUCUGGUCCAGGUCUGUUUCCUCAGUGUCUCUGUGUUCUCUGUAGGAGGGAGAGUCUCCUCCUGUUAGAGAAACACAUCAGUUGAGUCUGUACAGGAUCACAGCUACAGAAAUCUUUCAGCUUAUUGUCAUAAAUUCAUCAAUGAACUCAAAGUGAUUUUCAAAGAUUUCCACUGUAAACUUGUUCCACUUCCAGUCCUUUAAAGAUGGCCGCUCUGAUCAUUAAAUGGUGGAAAUGCCGUUGACUUGUUUCUUCUGUCAUGUGUUGUUUUGAAUUCUGGCUCUUGAUCCAAUAAAAGCAGAAUGUUACUGUGA